AUGGCCAGUGUCAUAAAUCCCUUUCGUGACAUCUUUUUUGCUGACCUCCGGGACCCGAGCACGGACCUCGGGGGCCUCAUCAGCUCGACAAGCAUUACACAAACGGUCUUUUACUCUAUCGUCGCAGUUGUUAUCAACUGCGAUAAAACGGCAUUCGACAUCCAAAAUGACAACGGCGAACAAGUAGCGCGAGAUGACGAUCAGGUUCUUCCAGGCCGCUAUCUCAUCGUGUCAGACGAGCCCGCCAUACAAAGCAAGCGGCCUUUUUUCACGCGAGCCCUGUCUACGUCGGCAUCUACGCGGCUCGAGUCCUUUCGGAAUCAAGUGCGCGCUCGAGACGGGCGCUGUACAAUUACAAAGGUCGCCUCUGUUCUAGGUCCUAGUAUGGAUAUCUGGACUGCCUUUGAGGUGGCACACCUUGUGCCCAUCGCUUACACAGAUGAGUGGCGUCGCCGUGGAUUUUCUGAUCGCAUCACCGUCCCGCCGCCGCCACCGCGCGAACGGGACACCAUCAACUCGGUUCAAAACGGACUGCUGAUGCAAUCUCAUAUUCACCAAGCAUUCGACGCCUAUCAUUUUUCCAUUUUACCAAGUUCCGGGUAUAAACUCAUUUGCUUUCAGCCCGACAUUUUCGGUAUCGCGGGAACAUAUUUGGAUCAGCAACUACUCCAAGACCACCGCCGCCCCCCCGACGAGCUGUUGGAAUGGCACUUCGAACAAGCUGUUUUGUGCAAUGCCCGUGGUGCUGGAGAGCCGAAUCUGGAAUUUGAUUUUCCGCCGGGAUCGGAUAUGGUCGGAGAGAUUCUUGCAGGGCCUAAGGCUGCAGAGCGCAUGGAGUUCGAGUUGUUUUCGCGUCUUGACGAACUUGAGACGGAACAGGAUUGA